UCUCCAAAAAAUCCUUGACAUCUUUAUGUUGUAAUGAUAUCAAAGAACGAAUAAUUUAUAAGUGUUUUACCCAUUAUUCCCUUUCAAUUCAAUAUUUUUUUUUCUCUACUUUUUUUUUGAUAAAAUAAACAAUAAGAAACAACCCAAUAUGAUGUCGUUUUCUGAAAACUAAGAAGCUAAACAAAAGAAAACCUCUCCUCCCGCCGAUCAAAAAUGCCGGCGACGAAGCCCAAAGCGCGGUCACCGGGCUCGGAAAGUAUGGGCACAAGGGUUUGGCUCUACUCAAUCUUGCUCACUUUGCAGUACGGCGCUCAACCGAUUAUCUCCAAGAGUUGUAUAAGACGAGAUGUUAUUGUGACUUCAUCUGUUCUAACAUGUGAGAUUGCAAAGGUUAUUAGUGCCUUGUUUGUCAUGGCAAAAGACGACACUUUGAAGAAAGUAUACAAGGAAUGGACUUUGGUUGGUGCACUGACUGCAUCAGGACUUCCUGCUGCUAUAUAUGCAUUGCAAAACAGUUUACUGCAGAUUUCUUACCGAAAUCUCGAUUCUCUUACGUUCUCAAUGUUGAACCAGACGAAAAUAUUCUUUACUGCCCUCUUCACAUUUUUCUUAUUGAGGCAGAAACAAUCAAUUCAACAGAUAGGGGCUUUAUUCUUGCUGAUCAUUGCAGCUGUUCUUCUGAGCAUUGGUGAAGGCUCCAACAAAGGUUCUACUGGUGUCAAUGCUGAUCAAGUUUUAUUUUAUGGCAUCAUUCCUGUCUUGGUUGCCUCUGUGCUCUCAGGUCUUGCAUCCGCCUUGUGCCAAUGGGCUUCUCAGGUAAACAAACGUUCCUCAUACUUGAUGACUGUAGAAAUGUCCAUUGUUGGAAGUUUGUGCAUGUUGGCUAGUACUUUCAAGUCCCCAGACGGUGAAGCUAUCAAGCAACAUGGAUUCUUUUACGGUUGGACUCCAUUAACUGUGAUCCCAGUUUUGUUCAACGCUUUCGGGGGAAUUCUCGUUGGCCUUGUAACUAGUCAUGCUGGUGGUGUAAGAAAGGGGUUUGUCAUUGUUUCUGCACUUCUUGUUACAGCAUUGCUGCAAUUCAUUUUUGAAGGGAAACCGCCUUCAAUGUAUUGUCUUGUGUCUCUUCCUCUCGUGGUCAGCAGCAUUUCCAUAUACCAGAAAUAUCCAUACCCAAUUAAAAAGAAGGAACACUAAAAUUUAAUGCUUAAUUAUGCAAAGUGUUCAUAUUAAUCAGCCUUUAUUAGUUACCAUUUCAAUUGGAGUAUUUUUCUGCACUUUACAUAGAUGUUAGUUAGAGUUUCUUUUAGUAGCUUACUAGCUUCUAUGUUUGCUGUGAUCAAAUCCAUAAACUAGAUGGAUGAUAAAUUGUUAAGACACAAAAGAGUUAGACCAUCUCCAAUAGAGAUGUGAAUGCAAAAUAUAGCUCACUUUGUUAAAA